AUGAGAAGCUUUGGAAAUUCGGGGCAAUGGCCCUUGCUUGUUGCUGCUUUAGCAAUUUGCUUUGUAGCCAGCACUGUUGUUGCUGAUUACUCUUACGGGUAUGCUUCUCCCUCACCUUACAACUCUAAGAAGUAUUACAAAUCACCAUCUUCACCCAAAUAUCAAGUGCCUAUUCCUUCAAAGCACGACUAUUACAAGUCGCCUGCGCCUUCAAAGCACUACUACAAAUCACCAGUAACAGUGAAGUAUUACAAAUCACCGGCUCCUUCAAAGAAGUACUACAAGGCGCCCGCGCCUGCAAAGAAGUACUACAAGGCGCCCGCCCUUGCAAAGAAGUACUACAAGUCGCCUGCUCCUGGAAAGAAGUACUACAAGGCCCCCGCACCCACAAAGAAGUACUACAAGGCCCCCACACCCACAAAGAAGUACUACAAGGCCCCCGCACCCGCAAAGAAGUACUACAAGGCCCGCGCCCCCGCAAAGAAGUACUAUAAGGCCCCCGCCCCCGCAAAGAAGUACUACAAGGCCCCCGCCCCGGCAAAGAAGUACUAUAAGGUGCCUGCCCCUGCAAAGAAUUACUACAAGGCGCCUGCCCCCGUAAAGAAGUACUACAAGUCGCCUGCUCCAUCGAAGCACUACUACAAGUCACCAUCCCCAACAAAAUAUUACAAACCGCCUGCUCCUUCUAAAUACUAUAAGUCGCCGCCGCUACCAAAGUAUUACAAGUCACCAGUUUACUACAAGUCUCCACCACCACCAGCUUAUUAUGAAAAAUCACCUUCUUACUACAAGUCACCUCCACCUCCUUCAAAAUACUACGAGCAAUCACCAUCUUACAAAUCUCCACCACCUCCACCAAAGUACUACCAACAAUCACCAUCUUCUUACAAAUCUCCACCACCACCUUAUUAUAAAGAAUCUACACCUUCCUAUAAAUCUCCUCCACCUCCACCAAGAUACCACGAGCAAUCACCUCCAACUUACAAUUUACCACCUCUACCAACGACUGUAAAACUUCCAUCAUACCACUCACCUCCACCACCAAAGGAAUAUUACAAGCAAACUCCAAAUUACACCUCGCCUCCACCUCCACCAUACUACAAAGAAUCUACACCUUCAUACAAAUCUCCUCCACCAAAGUAUUAUGAGCAAUCACCUACAACCUAUAGCUCACCACCUCCACCACCACCAAACUAUUACAAGCAAACUCCCACCUAUGCCUGA